AUGGCGGCCCGGGUUUUGGCUCUGCUGCGGGAGGUGGCGCGGCUGGAGGCGCCGCUGGAGGAACUCCGGGCCUUGCAGGCUGCCCUGCAGUCCGUGCCGCUCAGCUCGCUCCGAGAGCAGGCGGCCGAGCUUCGGCUCGGGCCUCUCUUCUCGCUACUCAACGCAAAUCACCGGGAGCAGACUACCUUGUGUGUGUCCAUUCUGGAGAGAUUUCUCCAAGCUAUGGAACCAGUCUACGUGGCCCGAAACCUUAGGGAUGAACUGCACAGGGGACUAUCUCACCCUGAUGAUGCUGUGGUAAUCCUCACUCUGGCCCAGGUUGGAAGAAUUGUAGAAAAUUCAGAGGCUGUUACCGAGAUUCUCAAUAGUCCUGAAUUACUGAAGGACAUAAUUUAUUGCAUUGGUGGAGAAAAAUUAUCUAUAGCUAAAGCGGCUAUCAAGUCACUAUCAAGAAUAGCCCUAACUCAAGCUGGAUUAGAGUCUUUAUUUGGAAGCAGCCUGUUAGAUGAUUUAAAAAAUGUAAUGAAAACAAGUGACAUCGUACGAUAUAGAGUCUAUGAGCUGAUUGUGGAGAUUUCCUCUGUGUCACCAGAAUCCUUAAAAUACUGUACUGACAGCGGAUUAGUAACCCAGCUCAUUAGAGAGCUGACUGGUGAUGAUGUUCUAGUCAGAGCCACCUGUAUAGAAAUGGUGACAUCACUGGCACACACUCAUCAUGGACGACAAUAUCUUGCCCAAGAAGGAGUAAUUGAUCAAAUUUCUAAUAUUAUCGUUGGGGCAGAUUUAGAUCCUUUCUCCAGUUUCUAUUUGCCAGGAUUUGUCAAAUUUUUUGGCAAUCUGGCAAUAGUGGAUAGCCCUCAACAGAUAUGUGAACGAUACCCAAUCUUUGUAGAAAAAGUCUUUGAAAUGGCAGAAGGUCAGGAUCCUACCAUGAUAGGAGUAGCUGUGGACACCUUAGGGAUCCUGGGCUCAAAUGUGGAAGGAAAACAGGUUUUACAGAAAACAGGAAGUCGGUUUGAACACCUGCUGAAGAGAAUAGGACACCAAGCAAAGAAUGCUUCAACAGAAUUAAAAAUUAGGUGUUUGGAUGCGAUUUCAUCUCUUCUUCAUUUACCACAUGAUCAACAGACUGAAGAUCUCCUUAGAAUGACAGAAUGCUGGUUCUCUUCUUUAACUCGGGAUCCACUGGAACAUUUUAGAGGGAUCAGCACCCAACCUUUCUCUGAACUGCAUUGUGCUGCAUUAAAAGUAUUCACAGCCAUUGCAAACCAACCCUGGGCUCAGAAACUUAUGCUUAACAGCCCAGGGUUUGUGGAAUAUGUCAUGGAUCGAUCUGUGGAACGUGACAAAGCUUCAAAAGAUGCCAAAUAUGAACUAGUGAAAGCCCUUGCAAACUCGAAAACAAUUGCAGAAAUCUUUGGAAACCAAUAUUAUUUAAGACUAAGAGCAUACCUGAGUGAAGGCCCAUACUUUGUGAAGUCUGUUUCAACUACAGCUGUGGAAGGAGCAGAAUGAGUUCCACAAAAUUCAGUUUAGGGGACCAAUCUUCAAGACCAAGACCUUUGGGGUUUUGUGUUUUUUUUUUUUUUUUUUUGGUUUGUAUUUAACAGACAGAAAAUAAUUUUAGCUAUAAUUGCACUUUUAAAGAAAUUAUCAUGAUAUGUAUAAAGUAGACUAACAACUAUAUAUUUGUUGUUAUUGUUUUUGAGGUACAUUGUGGAAUGGGUUUGGAGCUCUUUGAUUGCAAAAAGAAAAAUAUUCCAUA